UCCCCUUAGGGUUUCUAUCCCUGACUCUGUAAAUCCGCUGAGGAAAUUAGGGUUUUUUUAAGGGGGAACUAUUGAUUCUGCAAUGAUUUCAAAUUUAUAUAGAAGAAGAAAUCAAGUUUCUUUGAGGAGAUUUGCUGAUUCGUUCUGGGUUUUUUUAUGGUGAGCUUUGAUCUGCUUAGGUUUCAGUGUGAAUUGUGCAGAUUGGAAGAGAUUUUCUGGUUCUUUCUAUUGUUUUUAUCUGGAACUGUUGAUUGUGCAUAGGCUUCCGUGUUAUUUCUGAAGAAGGAAAUUAAGGUCUGAAUUCUACAGAGAAGUAAGAUACCGAUGUAUUAAAUCCACAUAGAGCAAGGAAUUUAGGGAUUAUUCUUAGUGAUCUUCUGAUUGUAUCUAGAGUUUGGUUAUGGGCGUCUUCUGAUUCCUUAAGUGAUGGAAAACAAGGAAAUCUACCAUGAAAAGCAAAGAUUACAGUUUUGCCUCCUCCACGCCCUCAAUAAUCUUCUUCAGGGAAAGGACUCAUUCACAAGGUCAGAUUUGGAUGACAUUGCCAACAAACUGGAUCUUAUCGACCCAAACAAGGAAGGCCAGAGUCCCCUUUCUCUGAUUUGGAAAUCCCACCAUAAUUCCCUCACAGGAAACUACGACAUAAAUGUCCUAAUUUCAGCACUUGAGGGAAGAGGAAAGAGAGUAGUAUGGCAUGACCUGAGAAAGGGUGCCUCUUCAAUUGAUCUUUCUCUCUCUAACAUUUCUCUUAUUGGGGUUCUGCUCAAUGUCCCUGUGAGGAAACUGGGCGGUCUUUGGAGGAGUCGACACUGGGUUGCUUUGAGAAUGAUAAAUGGGAUUUGGUACAAUUUGGACAGUGAUCUCAAGGCGCCAAAACCCUUUGAAAAUGUGGAUGAAGUGGUGACAUUCUUGGAUGCAAUCCUUAGUCAAGGUGGACAGAUUUUAACCAUCUUGGAGGGCAAUCAUUGACUUAGUUUUAUCUUUUUAGAUAGUUAACAGUGAUAGUGAGGCAAUACAAAUACUUUGCAAUAGGUGUAAAAGUGUGAACAAACAGAGGCAUCACCAAGAAGAGAGAGUAGGCCUCAAAGGAAGAAGCCAUAGAAGCG